CACUUUUAAAAUCGAAUCUGGCCACCACUAAACCUUAACAGCGGCAACACUGGAGUAAUCAAGCAAAUCAGCAGUUGAAAUCAAGCGAAUUUUCUUUAUGCAAUCUUAUUUUUGUUCGUCUAAAGUUGUCUACCACUUUUAGCUGAAUUUUUAAUAUCGUGUUAAAUCGUGUUAAGUAUGGCCAGCCCCAGUUUUGGGAGCUUUGGUCCAUUAAUUGGUGUGAUUUACGUGAGCAGCUCGUAUUGUCGUUUUCUUAUAUAUUCCACAAAAAAUGCAGAGGUUUUAACGUUUCAUGAAUUAAAAUUACGGCAAAUUGUUCAUAAUGCAGGUUGGUUAGAAUAUGAUCCGGCAGAAAUAUGGAAGAGCGCACAGGAGUGCAUUGAGACUGCUUAUAAGAAUUUAGUUAUUUUGGAAAUUAAUCCUUAUGAUUUAAUAGCUAUAGGCAUAUGUAGCCAACGAGGAACAACAAUUUUAUGGGACAAACACACUGGCGACCCUUUGUGUAACGCUGUCGGUUGGAGUGAUUGCCGAACUGCUCCCCUCUUGAAAUCGAUGCUUGCUAAUGUUAACUAUGAUGUGAAUUACCUGCGACACAAAACUGGACUGCCGCUAAGUACGUGCUUUAGUGCUUUAAAGAUAAAGUGGUUACAAGCAAAUGUAGCAGCUGCAUCAAUAGCCUUGGAGAAGGGUACGUGUCUUUUUGGAACUCUUGAUUCAUGGAUUUUAUGGAACCUUACAGGCUCCAAUAUAAGUGGUGUUCAUGCAACAGAUGUUACGAACGCAGGCUAUACUAGUUUAAUGAACAUGCGCACACUACAAUGGGACGUUAAGCUUUGUAAAUUUUUUCGCAUUCCCAUGCAAAUACUGCCGCGUAUACGCUCAAAUUCCGAGCUAUAUGGUUAUGUCAUUGGCGGCCCACUUAAUGGCCUUCCUAUAGCAGCGUGCAUUGGCGAACAACCGGCCGCUUUGUUAGGCCAGCUACAAACAAAAGUUGGUCAAAAUGUUUGCAUCAUUGAUGACAGUUGUUUUGUACUGCUUAAUACAGGAGAAGAAAUGAUCGAAUCUUCUCAUGGUUUGCUGUCAUUAGUGGCUUACAAAUUAGGUCCACAAGCGCCUUCCUGCUAUUCAUUGGAAGGUGCUAUUUCGAAUGCUGGUGCUACGGUGAAUUGGCUUCAACAAGGUUUGCGUAUAAGCACAGAAAUAAAUUCUAAUGACAAUGUAGUGGAGGUGCUGAACACUUUUCUGGGGGAAAGUUCUAUGAUAUCAUCUUCUUGUUCGUCAGGUAUGUUAAACGCAGAAUGUGGCCUGGCAGCAAAGCGAUCAGAGAUAACUUUUGUUCCCGCCUUCCAUGGAUUAUAUGCGCCAUACUGGCGCCACGAUGCACGUGGAAUAAUUCUGGGCUUGACCAGUCAAACAACAGCAGAAAAUGUUACACAAGCCGCGUACGAAGCAACGGGGUUUCAAAUUCAUGAAGUUUUGGAUGCUUUUAAACGGGAUACCCCCACAUGGAAUCGGAAAAACAAUAAAGAGCGUUUAGUGUUUGGUGGGGAUUAUGCCGAAAACAAUGCUUUCAUUCAAUUCAUUGCAGACAUUGUGGGCUGUUUGAUGGAAAGGCCUCAAACAACGUCACCGGCAGGUCUAGGUACAAUGAUAUGUGCGGGUAUCACUAUGAAUGUGGUAUCCUUGUUACAAGCAGAGGUGAUGUACCCACCACCAGUGGAUGCCUUCAGCCCUACAACCACGGAAAAUCGGAGAGAACAAUUCUAUAGACGUUGGAAUUAUGCAGUCCAAAAAUGUUUAAAUUGGAAUAAUUUCGCCACUUAUGAAGAAGAUUUGGAACUAUUCGCUCAGCGUGACAGCGACCCGACUCUCCCGAUACGCCGCUCGCUACCUGGUAGCAUAUAUAUAACAAGUUCAUUUCUGCUAUUGCUCGUUGCAAAUUUUUUGCAUGGCCGUAGUAUUUUGUAACCAAAUAAUUUGAAUGUAUUUGGAAAGUGAUGUGUAGGUUUAAUGUAUUCCUACUAUUAGAGUUUUACAUUAUUAUGAAAUAAAUAUAAUCUUUUAGUUAGAAAUUAAUUAGAAAAACAUUUUGAUCCCUAUGCUGAAUAUCGUCAUCGUCAUCGUCGACGAUCGUCAGCGCAUCAGCAACAUGGCUGACGAUGGCCGUAUCGUCACUUUUACUGACGAUCUCGAUAUUCAACUUUAAUGUCAAUUGAACGUACAAAACGUUGAGUGUGCUUGCAUCUAGUCAUAUAAUUUGGUGAAUUAAUCCCGGUCAGCAUUUUUUGCGCUUAAAAAUAUAUGUUUGUAUUGAUCAGAGCGAACGAACUUUUGCAUUUAUUUGGAAUAUGUUUUAUUGUAAUUGUGUAAUAUGAAUAAAGGUGAAUGCAGAGAGAAUCUAGUAGUUCGGAUUUGAUAAACAGA